UCCUGGCGGCACUGGUGCUCCUGUGGGCGCGGGGGGCCCAGGGCCAGGGCAGCCCCCAGCGGGGCGCGAUCCUGGGCAUGAGGCUGGCGAGCUGCAACAAGUCGUGUGGGAUGAACCCGGAUGGCAUCAUCUUCGUGUCUGAGGGCAGCACAGUGAACCUGAGACUGUAUGGCCAGAGCCUGGGCGACAUCUCCAGCAACCUGAUCUCCUUCACCGAGGUGGACGACACCGAGACCUCCCAUAACUCCACCACCUGUCCAGAGCUCACCAAGGACCUGGUCGUUCAGCAGCUGGUCAAUGUGAGUCGCGGGAACACGUCUGGGAUGCUCGUGGUGCUCACCAAGUUCCUGCGGAGGAGCGAAAACAUGAAGCUGUAUGCAUUGUGCACCCGGGCGCGGACUGAUGGGCCCUGGGUCAGGUGGACCGACAAGGACUCGCUGCUGGUCAUGAUGGAGGAGCAGGGGAGGAUCCUGCCCCUCUGGCUGCACAUCCUUCUGGUCUUGGUGCUGCUGGUGUUUUCAGGCAUAUUCUCCGGCCUCAACCUGGGUCUCAUGGCCCUGGACCCCAUGGAGCUGCGCAUCGUGCAGAACUGUGGCACUGAGAAAGAGAGAAAGUAUGCCCGCAAGAUUGAGCCCAUCAGGCGGAAGGGCAACUACCUACUCUGCUCACUGCUGCUGGGGAACGUGCUGGUCAACACCUCCCUCACCAUCCUCCUGGACAACCUCAUCGGGUCUGGCCUCAUGGCGGUGGCCUCUUCCACCAUUGGCAUUGUCAUUUUUGGGGAGAUCUUACCUCAGGCGCUGUGCUCCCGACACGGGCUGGCUGUGGGUGCCAACACCAUUGUCCUCACCAAAUUCUUCAUGCUGCUCACUUUCCCCCUCAGUUUCCCCAUUAGCGUGCUCCUGGAUUUUGUCCUGGGUCAGGAGAUCCGCACUGUUUACAAUCGGGAAAAGCUGAUGGAGAUGUUGAAGGUGACAGAGCCCUAUAAUGACCUGGUGAAAGAGGAGCUGAAUAUGAUCCAGGGGGCCCUGGAACUAAGGACCAAAACGGUGGAGGAUAUCAUGACCCAGCUUCACGACUGCUUCAUGAUCCGCAAUGAUGCCAUCCUGGACUUUAACACCAUGUCGGAGAUCAUGGAGAGUGGCUACACACGCAUUCCUGUGUUCGAAGGUGAGCGAUCCAACAUUGUGGAUAUUCUGUACGUCAAGGACUUGGCCUUCGUGGACCCUGAUGACUGCACCCCCCUCAAGACCAUCACCCGAUUCUACAACCACCCAGUGCACUUUGUCUUCCACGAUACCAAGCUGGACGCCAUGCUGGAAGAGUUCAAGAAGGGGAAGUCGCACCUGGCCAUCGUACAGAAGGUGAACAACGAGGGCGAGGGUGACCCCUUCUACGAGGUGCUGGGCCUGGUCACCCUGGAGGACGUCAUUGAGGAAAUCAUCAAGUGUGAGAUCCUGGACGAGUCCGACAUGUACACUGACAACCGGAGCCGGAAACGGGUGUCUGAGAAGAACAAGCGCGACUUCUCUGCAUUCAAGGAUGCUGACAAUGAACUCAAAGUCAAAAUCUCACCCCAGCUCCUCCUGGCUGCUCACCGCUUCCUGUCCACAGAGGUGCCCCAGUUCAUCCCCUCGCUGAUGUCGGAGAAGAUCCUGCUGCGGCUGCUCAAGUACCCUGACGUCAUUCAGGAGCUGAAGUUUGAUGAGCACAACAAGCACUGUGCCCGCCACUCCCUGUACACGCGGAACAAGCCAGCUGACUACUUCGUGCUCAUCCUGCAGGGCAAGGUAGAGGUGGAGGCAGGGAAGGAGAACAUGAAGUUUGAGACGGGUGCCUUCUCCUACUACGGGACCAUGGCCCUGUCCUCGGUCCCCCCUGCACCUUCCACUCUGGUCGGGUGUCCGCCUGGCAAGCGGAACUCCCUGCUGUCCUGGCUCGCAGACCGCUCCCCGGCCCACCCCACCCAGCUCAGCCGCUCAGCUUCCCUCAGCUACCCGGACCACAGCACGGAUGCGUCCCCCACCACCAUGCUGACAGGCAGCAGCAACCAGCUGACCGCCUGUGUACUGAGCCAGUACAUCUCAGACUUCAGCGUCCGGGCGCUCACAGACCUGCAGUACAUCAAGAUCACUAGGCAGCAGUACCAGAAUGGGCUCCUAGCCUCCCGCAUGGAGAACAGCCCUCAGUUUCCCCUGGACGGCUGCACCACAUGCGUGGAGAACUCCUCGGAGAAGCCAGAGCUGCCUGUGGUGGACGAGACCACCACUCUUCUCAACGAGCGCAACUCCUUGAUACACAGAGCCUCCCCAGAGAAUGCCAUCUGACAGGAGGGCCCGGGGUCCCCCACCACCCCACGGGGGCCUCCCAGUGGGCCCACACAAAGAGGGAGCCUGUCAGGCUAGAAGGGGUAUGGCUAGAUGGCCUGUGACUGGACAGCUGACAGCCCCCAUGGGACCUCCAGGCAGCUCCAAGGGCAGCUGCCCAGCCCCCAGACCAACAUGACCAUGGGGAAGCUCCGUGAGCAAAGGCUGUUUUUCAGAGACAAUUUCUAAACUAGGCGCAUUGCUUCUCUUUUUAAAUGUCAUUUUGGGAAGGGAAGACAGGGUUAAGGAACUUUAUGUAAAAUAAUUUUUUUUUCCAAAAGAAACUCCAGAAGGGGGAGCAUUCCUCACCCCAGGAAGCAAUAGCCAUAAUUGGCUUCCAGCCACACACACCCUGUAGCCCUGUCCCUGGCUUCGGAGCCUAUCCCUCUCCUGUGGCAGGGCCCAGCACCCAGGGAAGGCUGGCUCUGGGGAGGCCAGGGACCAAAGGCAUCACGGAGACCUGGGUAGCUGUGACCAGGGCCCGAGAACUCUCUAGACCCCAGAAGCUUCUGGAACUCCUGUGUCGACCCCCUGGGGAAUCCCCACCCAUCGCCUUUCUGAAAGCUCCCCCUUUAUGCCAGGGCUAACUCAGGGUGUCAGGCAGGAUCUCUGGUUACCUACUCCCCACAUCCUGCCCUCCUGUACCAAAAGCAUCCCCCUCCAUGGGGAGGGUUUCUGGGUGAGAGGUGACCUGCCUGGGGUCCACCUUUUGGUUUCUGGGGUACACUUGGUCAUACUUGGCAUCUGCUUGUUAGUGGCUACUGCUGCUAAUUUCAACCACACCCACAAGGAGAGUCAAGGCUCAGUAGAGCCACCAGAGCCUGCUUUCAGACUCUCAUCCUUAUCCCCAAGCCCCAGUCCCUCUUGAGGUCUGGGGACAAGAGGACAUGUUAGAAGCCACCUAAGCCCAUUCUUUAUGUCCUUCCUUUGGUGGCUGGCAGAGGCCCAACCUCACAGAGCCUAGGAAAGGAGGCAAGGGAGACCCUGCCGGCUUCCACCUGAGUGACAUUUCUCUACUCCUUUCCUCGGCUAGUAGAAUCCUGUCAUCCCAAGGGCUCUGCUCUCCCGAUGCCCAGACAACCCUAAUUCCUGCAACAGGGGAUGCCAUGCCUCAAGCGCACCUGCCCCUGGCCAGACCAAGGCCUUCCCCAUUUGAGAGCCUAAAGAGAAGGGGAUGGCGUCCGCGGGUCCUCAAGCAUCAGGGAGAGACGCCAGCCUGGAGACCUCUUAGGAAGCCCUUAGUUUUCCACAAGAACGGCUUCCUCUUGAAUCCCACAGGAGCUGGCAGGUCCGUGAUCCUGAGAGUCCUGUGUGCCAGGUGGAAACCACACCGGCCCAAACCUCAUGGGCGUGGGAGGAAGGCAGCAGGCGCACACACUCCCACAGCUACCUCUUUGCACACGCAUUCACCACCAACAGACUGGUCCCUCGCCCUCCCUCCCCCUACUUAUAAUCACUUCUUCCAGAGGCUCAUGAUUAUUUCCAAAUAUUACUGGUCCGAUAACUUCCUCCUCCCAGUACCGUUGUUCACUUCCUGUUCCAUCCUUGGGUUCCUGGGCUGAGCCAUACCCAGAACUGGCCCGCUGCUCAUGUCUUCCUGCCUAAGGGGGACCUUUGUAAAUGGCAUCCAAAUGGGUAGGCAAGUCAUAGCCACCAUAGCAAAUGACUCCUAUUUAUUUUGCAUAAGAUUUUAAUUUGUAUAUUUUUGUGAUUUAUUUUGGCAUUGUUAUGAGUUUGACUCUCGGGGAGUUUUCUUGUUAUGACUCUUGUGUCUUUUGUCACAAAACUGAUAAUAUUUGCUAAACA